AGGUAUUAUCUCCUCCUCCUCUCCUCUUCGGGCCCUCCUCUUCCUUCUCCUCCUCUUUGCCCGCCCACCUCCACUCGACGCACAGGCACUGGUGAAAGCGCGAAGAGAAUGAGAGAACCGACCCCUCCCGAGAACCCCCCCCCCAGUCCUGUGUCCUGCUCUAAAAUCCACUGACGACAUCUUUUACCAUCAAACCCAACCCGCGAAAAAAACAACACCGCUUCCUCGAGGGCUGGCCGCACCCACCGAUCUCCUGUCGUAACAGUCCCCGACAGACAGACCGAUCCCUCCGCUGUGCCAACCUGCCCCGAGCCCCUCCGACGCCGAACCUCCGGUAUCCAUCCCAUCAUACCUGACCAUACCACAUCUUACCAUACCACAACACACCUUGCCAUACCUCCCCAUCGCAGACGUCCACCCUCUCUCCUCGCGUCGUGCCGUAUCUCGUACCUCGCACCCGCAACUCGCUUGUUGCCCGCGUCAUCUUUGAUGUGACCGAAGCAAAACCGAGACAUCACAUCAAGCCCAACUCUCCACAGCUUCAGGGCAUAUUUCCUUUCCCGAUCAAAAACAACAACAACACAACAUCAUACUACCACCACAUAUUCCCCGCGCGUGGAGUCGCGCACCCUUACCAUCACCAUGAACGACGAAGAUGCCAUUCAGAAUAUCCUCAAGAAGAUUGAGCGCGAAAAGGCUCUCCUCAAUGCCGCCAAUGCCAUGAGAGCGCAGACCAACAACGAGGCCGUACGAUCACGACUCGACUCUCAGAUGCGCGAUGGCCGCCGGAAUCUGCAGUUCUUUGAGGAGAAGCUUCGCGAGGCCCAGCUGCGUCGUGGUAUGGACAACAUGUCUAUCGGCUCCCCCUCCGGCGACGGCAGGCCCCUCAGCGGCGACAUGGACGACGUGCCUCCGCCCCCUCCCAAGGAUUCCGGCUGGGACCAGCGCGGCGGAUACGGUGCCGGCGCCGCAACCUCUGGCGGCAACGUCCAGUACAGCCAGAUUGGCGGCCACGCCGACCUCAUGCCUCCCCGCCAUCCUUAUGCCAACCCUGGCCCGUCUUCGUCCGUCCCCAAGUCGCGCCCCAAUUUCACCAAGCUCGACCUGAUCAAAUAUGACACCCCGUAUCUCGGUCCUCGUAUCCAACUCAUGCUGUCGCAGAUCCAGUUCAAGCUCAACGUGGAGGAACAGUACCUCAAGGGAAUCGAGAAGAUGGUUCAGCUAUACGGCAUGGAAGGGGACCGCAAGAGCAGGGCCGAUGCCGCCGCUAGGAGGGUUGAGUCCAAGCAGAAGAUCCUGCUGCUGAAGCAAGCCAUGAAGCGCUACGAGGAGUUGCACAUCGACAUGGACACGUCUGAUGCCCAGGACGAUGAUUCGAUCAACAUGCCGAACCUGCGCAAGCCUCUGACUGGUCAGCUCUCCAUCCGCGUUGGUCAAAUCAAGGAUGUCGACCAUGCUUCCAUGAGUCGCUUCAGUCGGGGGCCCGAGACCUUCAUAGCCGUCAAGGUCGAGGAUAACGUCGUCGCCCGCACGAGAGUGACAAGGACCGACAAGUGGGAGGCCGAGUACCACACCCUCGAUGUUGACAAGGCGAACGAGAUCGAGCUUACCGUCUACGACAAGCCCGGCGAGCAUGCCAUCCCCAUCGCCAUGUUGUGGGUGCGCAUUUCCGACAUCGCCGAGGAGAUGAGAAGAAAGAGGAUCGAGGCCGAGAUCAACAGCUCUGGAUGGGUGUCGGCCGACAGGAUGGGCGCCCCGCCGGCUCAAUUUCCCAUGAACCCUCCUGCGCAGCAACAGUCCUUCGGCGCUCCUCCUCCCUCUCCCGGCCUUGCUCAGCAGGGCGCGCAGGGCCAGCCGGCGCCUGGGGGCAUGCCGAAUCCCCCAAUCGCUCAGCAGCCCAUCGACGGCUGGUUCAACCUCGAGCCCGCCGGUCAGAUCCAGCUUUCCUUGGGCUUCCUCAAACAGAACAACGCCCGGCGCCCCGUCAAUCUGCAAGGUCUUGGUCGUGUGGGUGCCGUUCGUCAGCGCAAGGAGGAAGUGCACGAGAUGUACGGCCACAAGUUUGUCCAACACCAGUUCUACAACAUCAUGCGCUGCGCUCUUUGCGGGGAUUUCCUCAAGUACUCGACCGGCAUGCAGUGCGAGGACUGCAAGUACACUUGCCAUACUAAGUGUUACUCGAGCGUUGUCACCAAGUGCAUUAGCAAGAGCAACGCUGAGACGGAUCCGGACGAAGAGAAGAUCAACCACCGCAUCCCCCACAGAUUCCAGGCCUUCUCCAACAUGACGGCCAACUGGUGUUGCCACUGUGGUUACAUCCUGCCCUUCGGCAAGAAGAACUGCAGAAAGUGCGCAGAAUGUGGUCUCACCGCUCACGCCGCGUGUGUUCACCUUGUUCCUGACUUCUGCGGCAUGUCGAUGGCCGUGGCAAAUCAAAUCCUGGAGGGUAUCAAGACGACUAGGAUGAUCACAAAGAACAAGACGUCGUCUUCCUUGAGCGAUCGCACGCUGAGGAAGCCAACUAGCCCCACUAGCACCAUGGGCUCCCCCCCUCAUAGUGGUGGGCAGGCUCCGUAUGCUGGGGGCUCUCCGGAAGCGACCGAGGCCGCGAAGCUCAUGUACCAGCAACAGUCGCCGCCGGGCCAGCGACCUUCGCACCCUGAUCGCACUUCCAGCUCAGCGGCGGCGGCAGCAGCAACAGCGGCGAUGAGCGGCACGAUGGCCUCGCAGCCAAAGCCCCAGUCGCAGGACUACGGGCAGUAUGGUGGACGUCCCGGCUAUCCCGCUCAGGCAGAGCAAGAAGACCCCUAUGGUGGACGCAAGUACAACCCUGCGGACUACGCGGCAGUUAACCAGCAAGCUGCCCCGUAUGCUCAGCAACCUGCCGUACAGCAACAACGACCGGUUCAGCAGCAACAGCAGCAGCAACAACUUCACCAGCAGCAACAGCAGCAGCAGCAGCCGCCGCCCCAGCAGUACCAGCAACCACCUCAACAGCAGAUGUACCAGCAGCAGCCCGUCUCCUCGCCCAAGUUGCAGGACCCGCCUCAAAUCUCUCCUAUCGCAUCGUCUGGAGGUGUCCCUAGUGCUGGACGCAAGCCCUUGCCAUUGGCCACCGACCCAGGCACUGGUCAGCGUAUCGGGCUGGAUCAUUUCAACUUCCUGGCUGUCCUGGGCAAGGGCAAUUUCGGAAAGGUCAUGCUUGCGGAGACGAAGCGAUCCAAGAGGCUCUACGCCAUCAAGGUGCUGAAGAAGGAGUUCAUUAUCGAGAACGAUGAAGUGGAGAGCAUUCGGUCCGAGAAGAGAGUGUUCCUCAUUGCUAACCGGGAAAGACAUCCAUUCUUGACCAACCUCCAUGCCUGUUUCCAGACCGAGACCCGUGUCUACUUUGUCAUGGAGUACAUCAGCGGUGGUGAUCUCAUGCUUCACAUCCAGCGAGGCCAGUUCGGCACCAAGCGAGCCCAAUUCUAUGCUGCCGAGGUCUGCUUGGCACUCAAGUACUUCCACGAGAACGGCGUCAUCUAUCGUGAUCUGAAGCUCGACAACAUCUUGUUGACUCUCGACGGACACAUCAAGAUUGCCGAUUACGGUCUCUGCAAGGAAGACAUGUGGUUUGGCUCUACUACCAGCACCUUCUGCGGUACACCAGAAUUUAUGGCACCAGAGAUUCUUCUCGACAAGAAGUACGGCCGCGCUGUUGACUGGUGGGCAUUCGGUGUCCUGAUUUACCAGAUGCUCCUCCAGCAGUCUCCAUUCCGUGGUGAAGACGAGGACGAAAUCUACGACGCCAUUUUGGCCGAUGAGCCUUUGUACCCCAUCCACAUGCCCAGAGACUCCGUGUCAAUCCUGCAGAAGCUCCUUACUAGGGAGCCCGACCAGCGUCUGGGCAGCGGUCCCACGGAUGCGCAAGAAAUCAUGAACCAGCCGUUCUUUAGGAACAUCAACUGGGAUGACAUCUACCACAAGCGUGUUGCGCCGCCCUUUUUGCCGCAGAUCAAGAGCGCCACCGACACCAGUAACUUCGACUCUGAGUUCACGAGUGUCACGCCCGUCUUGACCCCUGUCCAAUCAGUUCUUUCGCAAGCCAUGCAGGAAGAGUUCCGCGGCUUCUCUUACACUUCCGAUUUUGACUAGAAGAAGGGCGAGGAAGCGGAAGCAGUAAAGAAGACGUCCCCGGGAACCCUGUGUACAGUUGACGCGGGUAGCUGACGAGGAUGAUGCCACCGACGUGGGGAGAAGAAGAAUACCAAUGUGGCGAACAGCGGAACAAGCGCUGGCGAAGCGCAACCCCCGCGCGCGCCAGGCCCCGACGACGUCAGCCUAUGUUGCAUAGAAACGCUGUGCGUCGUCGGGUUGUGACGCCGAGCCGCAGGCGGAAGGCGAAGCGACGGGCAAACACGAUGUAGGAAGCUUAAGUAGUGCGUGUGGCCCCUCUGGCCGUUCACUACCUAGUGGACAUUGGAAAAGCGGCAAUGUCGGCGAAUCGCAGCUAGAGGUAACCGACAGGGUCGGAUCCAUGUGACCCUACCGCAGCUUCAUCUAAUAGACGGAACCUUUUGUGGUUUAAAUCUCUUUACUGGCACAUGUUGUGACUGAAAAGGAGACGGCGACAGCAACUGAAGAGGUUGUCCUCAAGCUCUAUAUGGUAUCGUAUUGUACAGGCUUAUAUUUACAACCGCGGCAGGGAGUGGCGUGACUUAUGUUCGUCGCAAGAGCAGCAGGGCGAUGCCUCCCGCCAAGGUAGCUCCGGCAGCAGCGCCCUCGAGAGCGAGGAUCGAGGCGUCUCGCAUGCGGAGGUCGAUGUGACGCUCACUAUACAGAUCGACCAACUUCGCCUUGAGCAAUGCCGGAAGCGCAGGGUCGGUGAGGAACUCGCGCCACGACUUGGGCGUCGGGACCUCUUGCUCCAGUGCUUCGAGGGCACUGGCGACCUCUCGCUCCAUCUCGUGCUGGACGGCCGGCUCCUCGAGCUUGGCGCUCAGCGCUUCCGCUCCUGCUGCGGCCGCUCCGGUCGCUGUUGCUUCCGCUGUCGCAACCGCUGCCGCAGCCUCAGCCUCAGCCGCUUCCGUGGACUCCGCGACAAGCGUCUCUUCCUCCAUCACCACGGAUGGCGCGGGCGUCGUCGCCGCAGCGGCGGCAGCGGCGGCAGUGGCGGCAUCAGCAGCGGCAUCCGUGGCCUCCCUCUGCGCCAAGGCGGCCUUCAGACCGGCCAGCUCGGCGGUGACGCCCUCGAGGACGGCCUUCUCCUCCUCGACGACGCCAAGGACGAGCCUCCUCCGCUUCCAGGGCUCGGCGACGAAUUGUAGGACGAUGAAGAGCAGGACGUUGACGCCCAUGAGGCCCCAGGUGCCCCAGGUGGAGGCGCGGCGGAUGCGGUCGGACCAGAUCUGCUCCUCAUGGUAACGCUUCAGGAUGCCGGCGUUGAGCUGCUGGCCCAGGGCCUGCUCGGCGUGCUCGGCGUCGGUGAGGGCCUCGGCGGCGGCGGAGACCUCCUGCUCGAGGGAGUGGUCCUGGCGGUAGAGCUGGGUGAAGCGCUCGAGGUCGGUCGGGGACCACAUCUCCUUGCGGGCGAGGAGGGUGGUGACCUCGCGCUGGGUGGUGGCGCGCUUCGCGUUGGUGGUCUUGUAGGUGGCGCGGGCGGUGCGGACGAGGGCCUGGGCCUCGGCGAGGCGGGUCUCGAGGAGGGUGUUCUGUUCCUUGAUGGCCUCGAUGGGCGAGUAGCCGGUGAGGGUGUUGAGGGUAGUCGAGGCCGUCAGAAGGCGGGUCUGGACGGUGUCCAUGAGGUGGGAGAGCCUUUCGGAGAGGGCGGGCGGGAGGGCGGUGUAGAUCUUGGUGGCUAUUUCGGGGAGGGGGUCAUCGGGUUUGGGUUUGGAGGAGCUGGGGUCCGAGGAAAUGGUGGUAGCGGUGUCGUCGUUUGUGGGUUGAGUCGAGGAGGACGCGGCCGACCUCGAGCUCGAGUCGGGAGCCUUGGCGGAGCUCGAAGUCGUGGCAUCUGAGCUCGGGUAGGAGGAGGAGGAGGAGGAGGAGGAGGAUAGCUCGCUUGUCGGAGAGGCUUGUUUGACUUCGUCCUUCGAGGCAGAGGAGCUCGGCGGGGGGGGCGGAGGAGGGGGGAAAGGAGGGAGCCCGGAGGAGUAGGGCUGUCGACGGGCGGCGGACGGCGACGGGAGGUUAUGACGCAGGGCGGGGGCGAAGAGGGACUGCCAUCUCGGAAGGUUGGCGGUGGUGCGCAGGCCGAUGCGGGCGUGGACUAGGCGCGACGGCGGCCUGGCGAUGGGAAGCAUCUUUUUUCCCCUUCUUUUUCCUUUUCCUUUCCCGGUGUCGAGAAUUAGUACUCUCUCUCUCUCUCUCUCUCUCUCUCUCUCUCUUUCUCUCUGCCCAGUGGGAAGGGGAAGAGAAAAAGGGUGGACCAAUUGACCGGUUGAGAGGGUUUGGUCGGUGGGCCGAGGUGUUUAAACGCCAACGGGAAGAGUACCGAAGUUUGGACGAGAAGGAGAGUCGGGUUCGGCGCUAGGUUCGGAUCGUGCUGAGCCAACGGAGCGGGUCCCUUGGCCGGGGUUCUGCCGGGAGUAUCGUUGGGGGAUAGUCUCUCACCGCCUGCCAAAACUGGAAUAUUGAGCGAGAGGACGGGCCGGUGCCGGCGGUUCAUUU